GUUCUUCCUCUUCUCCGCCGGCUGUUGCUUCAGUCAUAAUACUUUCACAGAAAACCCGGCCGUUGUACUAUAGGAUCAAAUUGAUGCCAUCACAUUUGUUUACACCAUCCAGACGUGCGCGCUCGGUUUUAAUAAAUAGUUUUAUAUAGAAAAGUUAAAGAUGGAUUUUAAAGUGAAGAGACUGGCAGCGGACGCUGGUACUUUAUUCAGUCGGGCAGUGCAAUUCACAGAAGAAAAAUUCGGCCAGGCUGAGAAGACUGAGUUGGACGCACAUUUGGAGAAUCUCCUCAUCAGAGCUGAAAGCACAAAACACUGGACAGAGAAGAUUUUGAAGCAGACAGAAGUGUUACUCCAACCAAACCCGAAUGUCAGAAUAGAAGAAUUCUUGUAUGAAAAACUGGACAAAAAGGUGCCAACACGGAUAAACAACCAUGACCUUCUGGGUCAGUCCAUGAUAGACUCUGGCACUGAGUUUGGGCCUGGAACGGCCUAUGGAAACGCUCUGAUAAAAUGCGGCGAGACAGAGAAGCAGAUCGGAGGAGCAGAGCGAGAGUUCAUUCAGAGCUCUGCCAUUAAUUUCCUCACGCCUUUCCGCAACUUUUUAGAAGGAGACUUCAAGACUAUAUUGAAAGAGCGCAAACUGCUUCAAAACAAACGACUGGACCUUGAUGCUGCAAAGACCAAGCUAAAGAAAGCCAAAAUGGCUGAUGCCAGAGCUCUGCCCCUCAGAACUACCCCUCCACCAGGGGACGCUGGCUAUGUUGCCAAUUUCUCCUUCAUGGUGAAUUUCCUCCUUUUGAAGUGGCUGAAGGCCGAGCAGGAUCUGAAGAUGACACAGAGUGAGUUUGACAGACAGGCAGAGAUCACCAGGCUUCUUCUGGAAGGAAUCAGCAGUACGCAUGCCCAUCAUCUCCGCUGUCUCAAUGACUUUGUGGAGGCUCAGAUGACCUAUUACGCCCAGUGUUACCAGUACAUGGUCGACCUGCAAAAGCAGUUAGGAAGCUUCCCUUCGGCAUUCUCUUCCAACAACAACCAGUCAACAGCCAGCGCCGCAGCCAGUAUCUCUGUACCCAUCCUGCCGCUCUCAGCCCCUCUUCCUGCCACCACAACCAAUGCAUCUUCAGGUUUCACCGAGCUGCAAAACUUCAGCGGCAGCCGUAAAGCACGGGUGCUGUACGAUUAUGAUGCUGCAGGCAGCAACGAGCUCUCCUUAUUGGCCGAUGAGGUGAUCAUGGUAAGCAGCGUUCCAGGCAUGGACUCUGAUUGGCUGAUGGGUGAACGUGGGAAUCAGAAGGGAAAAGUGCCUAUUACUUAUUUGGAGCUACUAAAUUAAGAGAGAAAAAACAAGUGUUGUUGGAAACAGAAACAUAUUGUGUAUUCCAGCUGUGCUGCGUACCGUAAAUGUAACUUUGACAUCUUUUGCUGCUUACAUGCAACAGUAUUUUAUUGGAUGUGACAUCUUGAGGUCCCAGAAUGGGAAGUGGUUUUAACCGGAUGAGUGUUUACAAAUGAAUUAAAGCGGAAUAUAUAUUUUUUUUUUAUGCUUUUGUUGUGACAUGCCUAUAUAUUAUAUAAAAAACAAAAAAAAUAAGCAAGAGUAUCUUAGAGUAUUUACAUGUUUACAACAAGAAAGUAUUAGUCAAGUCACCUUUAUUUAUAUAGCUCUUUAUACAAUACAGAUUGUGUCAAAGCAGCUUUAUAGUGUUAAACAGAAAAACAUUUGUGCUGAUAACGCAAGAGCACAAUAGAAAAACUGUAAGUUUAUCAGUUUAAAAGACUGAUUGUAAUUUUUAUGAAUUUUAAAUUUGUUUUCAUUGUGUACAUGAACUCUUUUCAGGUUCUAGAACAUUUCAGAAGCUUUUGUGUAGCGGCUGAGACGUAAAUAUGCCAUAAUUUAUUUUCAGGGUCUCAUACAGCCCAAUUCUGUUUAUUGUGUUAAAGGGGUCAUAUGACGUUGCUAAAACGAAAAUUGGUGUAAUGCAAUGUGUUUAUGAGGUUUAAGGUUAAAAAACACAUUAUUUUCCACAUGAUGAACAUUAUUGUUGUUCCUCUAUGUCCCGUCUUUCUGAAGCGCGUUGAUUUUUACAAAGCUCAUCAUUCUAAAACAAGGUGUGCGCUGAUUGGCCGGCUAUCCAGUGUGUUGUGAUUGGCUGAAUUUGUCAAGCGUGUGACAGAAAUGUUACGAAUAUACCAUACUGUGAUGCUGUUUCCCGGUUCGACGAGACAAAACCAUAGACUGUAUAAAACCAUGGACUUAAUGUUUGUGACUUCACCCGUAGUUUUCCAAAGAGCGUAUCGCGCUGCAUAAACAUAAAACCACAUCUGUGGAUGUUUUGCCCUCCAGUUCUUCGAGCCGGUCAUGUGACUGAAAGCUAUAAAUAGAAACCAUUGUGCACAGAAGCAUUGUAGGCUGCUGGUUCAGGAAACAGUCCUCGUCCUCAGUAAAAUGUGCUGCACACAUCUUAAUAUUUGGGUUGUACUGUUCUGGAACAGUGUUGUAAAUACAACUUAACCACUGAUUUCUAGUUGUGUCCUCUUUUAGAAGGCCAAACAAAGUAGUUUCGCUUUCACAACAAAACACACACUGUCUCCACGACAUGGUGGCGGCUGCAACAGCGAGAAUAAAGGUUGCACCUUCUUUCUUUGUGUGAACAUUUGGGUGGCGUUAUGCAAAUCUUCCCACAUCGUGACGUAGACAUGUGGGGGCGUGUUACAACGAGCCCUUUUAGGUGGGCAUGGUGGACUCUUAACUUUUAUGAAGAAUAUCUCUUUGGAUUUGAGCCUUUAGUCUUUGCAACUUUACAGAUUGUCUUUAUGCACCAAGAGCUUGUAACACUCCAAAGAGAAAGGAAAUUUUGAAAUUGCAUCAUAUGACCCCUUUAAAAGGUUGAGCACAUAAAGAGAAUGCUUUUAUUUGCACGCAGACAGCCUUUCUUGUUAUGCAUUAUGAAACUGUCUUUAUAUACAUGCAGUCUUCAAAAACCACAUUAAACAUACAUCCAGUUAUACAACUAUUCAUUUCAUGAUAAAACAUGAAAUCUAUUUACUGAUAACUGUACAUUUUAUCCCUAUGUGCCUUACGUUAUCUUGGAGUUGAUCUUUUUAAACUCUUUAAAGCAAAAAAAGACAUUGUUGAGAGAUGAGUGCAACUUUUAUGCAUAUUGUGCCACCCUCUAAUAAAAGCACAAUUUUCAAAUUUACUUUGAAAGUAUAAAUACAAAAGCACAGGUUAUCUAACUGCUUAAAUUCUGCGAUUAUUACCAUCAAUUUAUAAACAUUGUUUUUGUUAAAUAAUAAACAAAAAUGUGUUGACUUUUUA